UUUCUCAAUUAUAAUUUUAAUGUACUUAAUUUAAUUUGCCUGUGCGAAAAGGCUAUUACUUCAAUUGGCAAUUCCUCUAUUCGCAACCAUUGGAUCAUUAUGACAAUGUAGCCUAACCUACAUUUAUUUAGGUAGAAAGAAAUGGAAUAAGUGAGGACAUGUAAGCGCAGAGUUGCACCACGAGUGAUGUCCUUUUGUUGGCAUAUUUGGAUAGUUUCUCAGAAUAAUUCAAAAAUCUUAACAAAGAAAAUGAUUGAUGCGUAAAUAAGAUAAAUACACAAUACUUAAGGAAUAUUAAGAAUUGUGUUUAGUAGGAACUCGAUGUUUUGCGCUUAUACAAAGCAACAUGCAACUUGGACUCUCUUCGAGUCUGCGCGGUAUCAAAAAAUACUGUUUGAUUUGUUCCCAUGUUCCCUUGAAGAUGAUGCGUUUGAACACAGGCAAAGAAAUGUUUAUUUCACUAUCGUUUAAAAUAGUUGCACUAGCAAGUGACAGCUGACAUAACACAAUCGGUUCAGCAUAAUACAAAUAUGUCAUCUACAAUGAAACCUCGAAAACAGCCAACUGCUAUAUCCCGUAUGAAGCAAGAUUAUAUGCGGCUGAAAAGAGAUCCCCUGCCAUAUAUUACAGCAGAACCAUUGCCAAAUAAUAUUCUAGAGUGGCAUUACGUGGUAAAAGGACCGGCGAAUACUCCCUAUUAUGGCGGGUACUAUCAUGGCACUUUGGUCUUCCCCAGAGAGUUCCCCUUCAAACCGCCAUCAAUUUAUAUGCUAACUCCAAAUGGGCGCUUCAAAACGAAUACGAGAUUAUGUCUAAGCAUUUCUGAUUUCCAUCCAGAUACUUGGAAUCCAACUUGGUGUGUUGGGACCAUACUCACUGGACUAUUGAGUUUCAUGUUGGAGACAACACCAACGCUUGGUUCCAUAGAGUCAACUCAAUACGAAAAGCAACAAUAUGCAAAAAAAUCGCUUGCCUACAAUCUAAAAAAUCAGCACUUUCGCGAAUUAUUCCCAGAAAUUUGUGAGGAAAUUAAUAAACGAUUAGAAGACGAACAGAAAGCGAAGACUACCACGCUGUCAAAUGGAGCAUGCAGAAGAGAUAGCAGUAACAAUGAAAUACCCAAUGAUGAUAUUUGUGGGUUGGAAAGCAUUGUUGAUAAUGCACAAAAUAGGAUAAUUGGAGCAAACCGUACAGGGAACUCUUUAAUUAAUUGGCAAUCAAUUUAUUCAAAUAUAAUAAUAUUAAUAAGCUUUGCAAUAUUUGCAUUAAUGGUAAAUUAUGUGAUUAAGAAUAUAAAUCAAGAAUAGAAAUAGACAAAAGAAACAAAUAUAUAUAUAUAUAUUGUUCUAUAUUAUACCUCCCUAUAUAUAGUUAAAUUAUAACACUGAAUUUCAUUCCUCUAUAAUAAGAAGCAUUAUUUGUAUAUAAAUAUGAUUCAUAUCUAUAACUAAUAAUAAUGUAUUAUACAAAUACGCGCUAGUAUAUAAAAUAAGCAUAUGAUUUUAUUUGUAAAUAUUAGCACUAU